UAGUGAAAAAGAAAAAAAAAAAGGAAAAAGGAAAAAAAUUGUUUUUGUAACUCAGCGUUUCCUUAGCUGUGAAAAGUCUCUCUCUCUCUCUCUCCGCCGCAUAUCUUCUCUUCUCAGGCAAUUACACGCUGCCGUUUCGCUUUCUCUCUUCCCUCUCCCUCCCCUUACCACCCCCCCUCUCUCUCAACAACGAAGCUCAAAUUUUUUCUUCUUUGCGGGGUCUUGGCUUUCAGAUUGCAUAUUCCAUUGCUGUGAUUGACAUAGCAAAAAUUUGUUAGUGAAGAAUCGCUGGAAUCAGAUGAAACCUUGGUUAGUAUGUCUGGAUUAAUUGAAGGUCUUCCAGAUGCUGUUGCCCUUAGGUGCAUAGCACGGGUUCCCUUCUACCUUUAUCCUAAGUUGGAGCUUGUUUCUCGUUCCUGGAGAGCUGCCAUUCAUAGCCCUGAGCUGUUUAAGGCUCGACAGGAGGUUGGCUCAGCAGAGGAACUUCUGUGUGUGUGCGCCUUUGAUCCAGAGAAUUUAUGGCAGAUGUAUGAUCCUCUCCGCGACCUUUGGAUUACUCUUCCUGUCCUUCCCUCAAAGAUCAGGCACCUUGCCCACUUUGGUGUGGUCUCAACUGGUGGAAAGUUGUUUGUGCUUGGUGGUGGGAGUGAUGCUGUUGACCCAUCAACUGGUGAUCAAGAUGGGAGUUUUGCAACUGAUGAAGUUUGGUCAUAUGAUCCUAUAAUGCGUCGGUGGGCUCAACGUGCAUCUAUGAUCUUACCUCGUGCCAUGUUUGCAUGCUGCGUUUUGAAGGGAAAGGUCAUCGUUGCUGGUGGCUUCACCAGCUGCAGAAAAUCUAUAUCUCAAGCAGAAAUGUAUGAUCCUGAGAAGGAUGUGUGGAUUCCAAUACCUGAUCUCCACCGCACUCAUAAUUCAGCAUGCUCAGGAUUAGUUAUUGGAGGAAAGGUGCAUGUCUUGCACAAGGGAUUAUCUACAGUGCAAGUCUUGGACCAUAUGGGGUCUGGGUGGACAGUGGAGGAUUAUGGUUGGCUCCAGGGUCCAAUGGCAGUUGUACAGGGAGCCCUCUACGUGAUGAGCCAUGGACUUAUUUUCAAGCAGGAAAAGGAAGUGAGAAAGGUGGUGAUUUCUGCCUCGGAGUUUCGUAGGAGAAUCGGGUUUGCGAUGACGGGACUAGGAGAUGAAAUUUACGUGAUAGGAGGGGUGAUUGGCCCUGACCGAUUUAAUUGGGAUAUGAAACCAAUGUCUGAUGUGGAUAGCUGGACAGUUGGCGGUGAUAGACCGACAUGGCGUCAAGCAGCUCCAAUGACAAAAUGCCGAGGAACAAUUUAUGGCUCUACUCAGCUAAGAAUUUAAGUGUCUCACUGUUUUUUAGAGCAGUUGGUUUUGUUGUGAAAAGUGUACUCUUGUCGAGGCAUUGAAUUCCUCCUAUUGGAGACGAGAAAUGAUCGUUUUAUUGGCUACCUUAUGUUCGUUUUGUAAGCCAUAAAUAUUCUUUCGCCUUGCUUUUUGCCCUUUUCAUUUUACGACUCCAUGCUCAAGCUCAUGCAUCAAAUAUAGCUACAUCAAUAAUUACUCCACUUUUCAAUCA